CUUCAACUUCCAUAGCCAAACCUAGUUUCAGUGCAGACAAAAAUGGGGAAAGUGAAACUCGGACCUCCAUCCAAAAACUCCAUCACCCAUUUCAGUCACCCCCACCCAUUAGAGCUAAUAACAACUCCCUCAUCAUCUUCAUUAUUAUCCUCCCAUUCUUGCUCAGCAUGCAAGCUUCAACUCCUCUCUGGCUCACCAUUCUACGCCUGCAAAACCUGCAACUUCUCCCUCCAUUCCGAUUGCUUCAAACUGCAUAAAGAGAUCACUCACCCUUUCCAUUCCCACCACGUUUUCACUCUCCUCCCCCAAACCCCUUACCCCUCUGGCCGUUUCACCUGCGAUGCCUGCGGGGAACAAAGCGAUGGGUUCUCUUACCGUUGUACCCCUUGCGGUCUUGACCUCCACGUCCAGUGCGCGGUUCUCCCGCUUUCUAUAACUCACCGUUCUCAUCAUCAUCCCCUUCAGAUCGUAUUCCCCAGUGUUCAUUCCCGGAUGGAAGUUUUUUCCUGUGAUGUUUGUAAGAGCCUUGGGCAGGGAAAGUUCUGGAAGUAUAGAUGCCAUUCUUGUGACUUUGAUGCUCAUUUGAACUGCACAAAAAUGCUACUAUCUCAGAGCUCUCAGCAAGGGCAGACUACUGUUAAUGCUUCUGCCUCUAGGGUUUCUCCUCCUCCUCUUCCUCGGCCUAAUUUAGGGUUUAGGCCGCAAGUUCCACAGCAAUUUAACAGGCCGAAUUUGCAGAAUUUGAUGACACCAAAUGUGAAUCUGCAGGGGAUGAAUAAUGGUGGGAGGCAGAACUUUGAGGAGUUGGUGCGGGCAUAUGUUGAGAAUUAUUCUCGUCUUUAUCGUGAGCAGCAAGCGGCUUUGGGUGGGGUGGGAGGUGGAGGUUUAAGUACUCAGUCUGGUAACUAUGGAGGGAGCUUUCCUGGGUUGGAUUCUUAUGGAGGUGGUGGCGGUGGAGGAGGAGGUGGAUUAGAUUUCUUGCAAGGGUUGAAUGGGGGAGGUGGAGUUAACGGUGGUGGUGACGAGUACCUGCGGUUAUUAAACGGCGGCGGAGGAGGAGGAUUAGAUUUCUUGCAAUUAUUGAACGCCGCCGGUGGUAGUGGUGGAGCAGGAGGGUUGGACUAUUUACAAGCAUUUGCUGGUGGCGGCGGCGGAGGAGGAGGAGGAGGGACGGCUGCCUUAUUGCAAGCGUUGAUGGGAGGUGGUGGCGGCGUAAGUAAUUUGAGCAACAUUCUUGGGGGUGAUGGUGGUGCAUCCAUGAUUAAUACUUUGGCUGGAUUGUUUGGAGGACUUAACUUCUGAUUUCUUAAAUGAAUGAAAGAAAGACAACUUCUUACUGUUCAAGAAUACAUGCACUUAUGCAAACUUUUUUUUUUUUUUACUACUGGAAAGUGUGCACAGAUUGAACCAAUAAGAAGAUUUAUUAGCUGAAAUUAAACUUGUGAUGUUCUAAGUAAGAAAAUCAUGUUUUAUUCGCUCAACGAACCACCCUUUUAUUUCUUGUACUUUGUAACUGUUGCAUGAAUGGAACUACAACUCAAAUUUGCAGUCA